UAGAGCAGCGUUCUAAAUGCUGCGGGAAGUUAUCGAUACAUCCAUUAAGUGAACUACAGGGUGGUACGAUGACUCUCAACCCUCUCCUAACCAACCAACCAACCACACCCAAAUAUGAGUUUCUGCAAGGACUGUAUUCAAGGUGUACGCCACGCGGGUGAGCCUCAAGGAACGAUCGAUAUCAUUGACGGUGUCGCUUGCUACGUCGCCACCCCUACUGUUGACUAUCCCAAGGACAAAGUCAUCCUCUUCCUGCCGGAUGUUUUCGGUAUCGAGCUUAUCAAUACCAAGCUCCUCGCUGAUGACUUUGCGACCAACGGCUUCAAGGUCGUCGCGGUUGACUACUUCAACGGCGAUAGUCUUCCCGCUGACAUCAUGAACUCUGCCUCGUUUAACCGCGAGGCAUGGUUUGCUAAACAUGGAAACGAGCAGACCCGCCCUUCCCUUGAUAAGGUCAUUGCCGUGCUCAAAGAGGAAGGUGUCACCAAGUUCGGAGCCACUGGCUACUGCUUCGGCGGUCGUUAUACUUUUGACCUUGCAUUCGACAAUGCCAUUCAGUGUGCCGUAGUCUCCCACCCCUCGCUCUUGAAGGUCCCCAAUGACCUCGAGACGUACUUUUCUACAUCACAGGCGCCUCUCCUUAUCAACUCCUGUGAAAUUGAUCAUAUGUUCCCUGCCGCAGCCCAAGCCAAGGCCGAUGAGAUCUUUGGCGAUGGGAAAUUCGCCCCAGGGUACAAGCGCGAGUACUUCCCUGGAUGCACGCACGGCUUUGCUGUACGUGGGGAUAUCAAAGAUCCGCUGGUCAAAGCUGGGAAAGAGGGAGCGUUCAAGGCUACUGUGGAGUUCUUCCUGGAGCACUUGUAAGAAGUCUUGUCGUUGCAGCGUCAUAGAGUCUCUGUGUAUGAUCGUCGUAUGACAUGCCGCAGUUGUAGCCACGUCGUUAGCCAUGCCAGCAAUAUCGGAGUGUAUGUGCGCGUCAUGCAGGUGAAA